UUUCUGGCAUCAUAUAGGAGAACCUCAUUCUAGGUUAAUCUUAACUACGAGUCGGUUGUCAUGGGUUCAUCUAGUGUAAACUGCAUCGCAGUUUCCCAUCUCGUGUAGAGUGGGCUCUCCGACAAAGCCCAUAGACGAAACGGCAACAGGCACUCCGCUGAAGUUGGAAAGACGCAAAGGGUGUUCCUGCUAUGCUAGCCGAUGAUAAUAGUCCGCCGUGGUUCGAAAGAUUCAGCCAGCCCGGUGGAUGAUUUUUCCGAAAGGAAAACACCCAACUGGGUAUAAAAGCCCAUGGACCGGCAAAUUUCAAGUAUUCCCAUCACUAGAUCCUCAAGGAAACAACUACUUCCCAAAAUGAAGGCAUUCGUCAUUCUUUUCGCUGUGGCUGCUGCUAAAGCCGAGGCUCAAUUUGGCUACUAUGCCGGAGCUUAUGGCUCUCCUUUGGUGUCCGCUUUCCAACCCGCCCAUUACUCGGCCUAUGCCGCUCCCGUCCACCAUGCCGCUGUAGUGCCUGUGGUCCAGGGUCCCAAGUAUGUUGCCAAGAACGGAAAGGUUGAACAUAUCGUCUACAAGCGUGAGGCCGAGGCCGAGGCUGAGGCUGAUGCUCAAUAUCCUUAUUACGGUUAUGCCGCUGGAGCUCCCGUCGCUGCCUACACCCCUUAUGGUGUGUCCGCUUAUAACGGAUACGCCGGCGUCCCCGCCGUUGCUUAUAACACCCCCUUCUAUGGAGCUGGACUUAAGACCUACGCCAACGACGCCGUAGCCCCUCAAGGUUAUGCCGCCAAGGGCCAAUAUGUGGCUCAGACCGCUGGAUCCCUCCAUGUUGCCAAGCGUGAGGCUGAGGCCGAGCCCGAGGCUGCUUAUGCUUAUGGCUCUUAUGUCCCUUACACCGCUUCUGCUUAUGCCGCUUAUACUCCUUAUAGCGCUCCUGCUUAUAGUGCUAACUACGCUUCCGCCUAUGCCAGCCCCGUGGCUUACACCACUGGCUAUCCUUAUGCCACCGGAUUUCUCGGUUAAAAUGGAUAUGCUUAGGUCUACAAAAACUUGACUUUGAAUGGCAACGAAUUGACAAUGAACGAAUUGGACCUGACUGGAACAACUUGACUACCUUCGAAGAUCUAGACUAGUGGAUUCUUUGAGACAAAGAAAUCUACUAGGGAAUCCAAAAAAAAAUCAUGUGGAAAUCCCAUUUAUGUACAAACCAAAUUGGUUACUCUAUCAGUAGAGUUAGCAUUCACAUUUUCGGAUAUUUGAAUAAAAUGGGUGUUAAAUCUCAA